UGCCGCCGGAAUCAUGCCGGCAGGGAAGUCUUUCCGACGGAGGAAGGCGGAUUCCGAGGAGGAGGAGGAGGAAGAGCAGGUCACCGAGGAGGUCCGUUUGAAACUUGAGGAAGCAAAAGAAGUACAGAGUCUGCGGAGAAGGCCAAAUGGAGUGAGUGCCGCGGCCCUCCUCGUAGGGGAGAAGUUGCAAGAAGAGACGACCUUAACGGAUGACCCUUUUAAGAUAAAAACCGGUGGAAUGGUGGACAUGAAGAAGCUGAAGGAACGGGGCAAAGACAGAAUCAGUGAAGAAGAGGACCUGAACCUUGGGACCUCCUUCUCUGCAGAGACCAACAGAAGAGAUGAAGAUGCUGACAUGAUGAAGUACAUUGAAACCGAGCUGAAGAAGAGGAAAGGGAUUGUGGAAAAUGAGGAACAGAAAGUGAAGCAGAAGAACGCAGAAGACUGUCUUUAUGAGUUACCAGAGAGCAUCCGUGUCUCUUCGGCCAAAAAGACGGAAGAGAUGCUGUCCAAUCAGAUGCUGAGCGGCAUUCCCGAAGUGGACCUUGGAAUUGAAGCCAAAAUCAAAAACAUCAUCUCCACCGAGGAGGCCAAAGCACGUCUGUUGGCCGAACAGCAGAAUAAAAAGAAAGACAGCGAGACCUCCUUUGUUCCCACAAACAUGGCGGUGAACUACGUCCAGCACAACAGAUUUUAUCAUGAAGAGCUGAAUGCACCUGUGAGAAGGAACAAAGAGGAACCUAAAGCCCGUCCGCUGAGAGUGGGGGACACAGAGAAACCUGAACCAGAGCGGUCCCCUCCAAAUCGUAAACGUCCACCAAAUGAAAAAGCAACAGAUGACUAUCAUUAUGAGAAAUUUAAGAAAAUGAACAGGCGCUAUUGAAAGCUCUGUGUUUGGAUGAC